AUGAAAUUCUCUUACGACUUUUUUUUUCUAAUAAAUUUCGUCUUCACUGCAUUAGCUGAGAAUUCAGCCAAUUCUUCUGUUGUAAAAAUUGCCUAUCGAGCCGCGUGGGAGAUCCCGGAAACGAAUUUCUCUCGACUAGGUCUUUUCUAUUGUCGAAUUCCGAAAAAUGGAUCGACUUUGAUGAAAAUCGUCCUUUGUGAUCUUUAUCGUUAUUUCAAGAGGAUAUCGUUUACGCCGAAAUUCACGAGAGAUGAGGAGAUCAGUGAAUGCCAGCUUCAGAAUUGGUAUGAGAAAGUCAAGCUCUUGAAGAAGCCUCGAUGGGAAUUGAGGCAAAAAAGAGAAUUGGUGAAAUUCUCAGUGAUUCGACAUCCAAUUGAUCGCUUCGUUUCUCUCUACGGACACUUUUGCGAGCAACUCAAAUAUUGCGGUGAAACGAAUAUCGAAAUUUUUGCGAGAGAUUUAUACAAUUUAAUGUCAAAUGGAUGGAAAAAUUCGACGGCAAAUGGGAAAAUUUUCAUUCACGCUCGUCAACUCAUCUAUUACCAUGCUCAACCACAAUUCUGGUUUUGCAAUUUCCCUUUGGAAAUCGAAAACUAUCACUUAGUGCAUCACAAUUUCGAUGGGGAAACGAUGAAAAGCGAGUUGCAAAUGGUUUUUGAUGAAGCUGCUGUGCCACGGAAAUACUCCAAUAAGGUCCUUCAACAUGUCACCAAUUCGACGACGGGAAACGCGAUGCGUGAUGGGAAACGGAGAAAUGAUCACCGAAAGAAUGUUGAAUCAAAUCUCGAGACAAUGCGAUACUUGAGAGCAAUUUAUCAUUCAGAUUUUGAGCUUUUCGAGUACUCA